AUACGGCAGUCAGUCUAUCGCGUGAGGGUUGAACGAUCGGAUCGGUUGCUCGGAUUCUCGGAUGCUCCUGUCCAACAGACGGUACAUACGGUGCGUAUUUGAAAAUCGUCGGUUCGCUUUAAUUGUAUCGAACGGAACAUUCAUCGGAGGACUGGUGCGUGACACGGUGCUCUGAAGUCAGGCCGCUCUCUGUGCUGCUGUAGGCGAUAUUCAGAUGCAAUCCUUCCGCUCACGUGGCGCUGAAUACCAAGUGCUGCUGCAGUCGGUUGGAGUGAUAGUUGUGGAAGCGGUCGAGAUGCUGCGGCACAUGUGAAUGCUGCUGGAGGAGAGUUUAUUGCGUUACCAUCCGAUUGAUGAUGGUUGUAGAUUAUUUUAUUUCUGGCGUAGAAGCACCGAACAUGGAUAUAAUUCUCUAGUGCAAAAAGUGUAGUGUUUGAAAUACUUUCCAUCCAUCGUGUAGAUCAGAUCGUUAAUUAGUUACGAGCAUUUUAAUUCUAUUCUGAGAAACCAUUGCGAACAACAGUGAAUCUUGUCUUUGGAUCUUCGAGAAGAGAAAAGUUCCACUAUCGGAGAAUAUUAAUUGAUGGUGUUCUAGUUUUUCGAAACCACUUGCUGGAAAAUUGAUAAGAGAAAAUUCCCGUUGUGCGACAAGCUAUCGUGUCCUGUUUCGAAAAGUUUCGGUUAGUGUCACAAGCAAACAAAAAAAAAUUCGAUCCGACGAAGAUUAAUCCUUGGCCCGGAUGGUGAAAGAGGAGCGCUUGUGAGAAGGAUUUUGUUUCCUCUUAAGUUUGAGUUCGUUCUUGUCGAAGUGGAAAAGUUCCGUCUAGCUGCCUCCGGUUCCUUUCCAGACUACUGCAUCAGAUAGUGUAAAUUAAAUCAGAAACAAGGAAUAUCGGAUUAAAGUGUGGAGCAAACGGUUUCGCUUACAGCUCCAAGCUUGUCUAGUGGAAAAACGAGAAAGAAAAAAAAUAAGUUCCGGUAACAUCAGGCUUUGCGUCCGGAUUGCAUCGAUCCGAAGAGGUGAAACGUGAAAAGAUUGAAGAGAUUAAGGUUGACUGUUGAAAACACGAAAAACCCGCAGGCUGAGAAUAUUGAGGUUGAAAACAAACACAGCGGAUUAAGCGGCCCAACAACUACUGCCACUUCCGCCCCCCGUCGGUGGUGACAGCGGUAGCGAAAAAGUCAUUUUUGUGAGUGUGUACUUUGACCGAACACCGGCCGGCCAAGCGACAACGACGACGACGACGUUCGAUAAAUGUUACCGAAAAUGUUGGAUAAACGACAACGACGGCAGACCACCGCCUGUUGGCACUGGAUGCUGCUGCUGGUAAUGCUGCUAGUAAAAGGCAUGACGACCGCCCCCUCGCAUUAUCCGGACAGCAACUUCUUGGAAGAAGACAAAUACUCGCCCGGUUUCCUGACGCUCGGACAAAAGUACAGCAUAGCCAUCGGGUCGACGGUGGUACUGCCGUGCAAAAUUAAUGAGACAGAAAAUUCCAGCCAUUACGUGCUCGCGUGGAAGCGGGACAUUGCCGUACUGACGGCGGGAACGGUCAAAGUCACGGUGAACCCCCGGAUACGACUGAUGCCGGUGCAAGGUCAGACCGACCAGCACGGAACGCUAUCGACCGGCUACAACCUAGAGAUACGUGAUGUCCGAGUGAGCGACGCCGGAGACUACAUCUGCCAGAUCGGUUCGAUGGAACCAAAGGAGAUUGUGCACACGCUGGAGGUACUCGUUCCGCCCAAAAUCGACUACGUCUCGCCGGCGAACAAAUUGGAUGUCCACAAGGGUACACAGGUGCGACUGGAGUGCCGAGGGUCGGGCAAUCCGACGCCCAAGAUCAUCUGGUCCAGAAGGAACAACGUGCUACCGAAUGGCGAGGCGAAUAAAACCGGAAACGUGUUCGACGUGAUGCAUGCGACCCGUCACACCAGCGGCCAUUAUAUAUGCACCGCCGAUAAUCGGGUCGGCCAGCCGGACAGCAGGGAAAUCGUGGUCAAUGUGCUCUAUCCACCGGAGAUCGAAGUGGAGCAGCAGAUCGUUCACAGCGGUGUCGGACAUGAGGCUCAAUUAGUGUGCAUCGUCCAUUCCGAACCGGCGCCCAACGUGAUUUGGUACAAGGAGACAACCCAGCUGGGCACAACCGAGCAACAUUCGCAGCAGGUUCGUGGCAACAAGCACAGUCUAAUCAUUCGGAAUGUGACCUAUCUGGAUCUCGGCAACUAUACCUGCCAGGCUUCGAACAGUCUGGGCAAGGACCGCGGUGCACUGACUCUGAGCGGUUUACCGACGAUCUGCUACUUUGACUCGCCCACAUUGAGCAGCUACCGGGACCAAUACAACAUAUCCUGGACCGUUCAAAGUUACUCACCGAUCCGGGAAUACCGACUAUUCUAUCGACUGCAGUCCUCAUCGAAGCACAACCUGUUGCACGCUACCGGCCACGACAAGGCACUGGAUAAUCACAUCUAUAAUCACGCCAGCAGCACACACAACAUCUACAGCAGCAACCCUUACAGUAGCGGUUCCGGAUCGCACCUAGGGGGCGAACAAUGGGAGAACGUGGUCAUCCCGGAGAUGCUGGCCGAUUAUAACAGUAUCCACGGGGGCCACUACUAUCAGUCACCGUACAGCUAUCAGUCCGGAACGCGGCAUCGGAUGAGCUUCCAGCUGAAGAAACUGCAACCGGGAAGCAACUACGAGGCACGCGUGCAGGCUCGCAACGACCACGGCUGGAACCGGUUGUCCAGUAUAUUUCAUUUUUCUACACGCUCGGAAGACAUGGAACUGGAACCGUCAGCCCAACCGGCCGUCCAUGGUGCUGGCCUGCUGGAUAAAGGUCUUCUAAGCAGCAGCGCCGCGACAGCACCUACUUUCCAUAAAUCAUCGAACCACGGUCUGCUGAUGCUGGUGCUGGCCCUGGUAGCCCUGCUGCUGUUGCCCUCGUCGGUGGCGGCCAUGGACUCGCAGUUGCCAUCGGUCGUCUUAUCGGCAUGAUUUGCAUUGUUUCCGUUUACCAGCCCGAUAAAUCACUAGACGAUCCAGGUGCACCUUAUUAAGGGAAGGCUAACAUAUACACACACAAAAACACACACAAACACACAUAGAGCCCACAGGACGACGGUAAACAAAUUCAGCACAAGGAACAUUAAUGUUGCCGUGAGAAUGGCAGGAAGCAUUCUGUACACCCGCCAACCAACCACGGAACUCGGAAGCCAUCAUAUAUACGAACAACGGUGGCGAGAAACGAACGCAACAUGCCGGCGUCAGAUGGACUUUUUUCCAGGUUUAAAAUUAGUUUACUUUCAAGUCAAUUUUAGAACAGCAGACAUUGUUUUUUUGUUGAAAAUACUCAGUGAAACCCGGUAAAAAAAGGAUUAGUUUACAGCUAAUAACCUUUUAAUUUAUAGAUUUUAGUUAGUCACUUCUAUACAGCCAUAUUUUGUACCAAAGAAAUAGGAGAAAUUUGAAAAAAAAAGUGAAACAAGAGACUUUGAGCAGAGUUUGCAGCGAAUGCUAAUAACAAAGAGGUGAAACAAAAAUAAAAUUAGCACUAGAGAGCAAAGCAGUGCGUAUUUAUUAUAUAGGAAAAGAUAUAGAAAGUACAGCUAUUUUACAAACUAAUUAUUAAAGGCCGUGUUGACAUGUAAAACUGUUUUUUUGUUCAAAAUUAUGUCAGAUGUAGUGGAAAAAGAAGAUCAGCGGAAUUACAGUGGUACUCAAAGUUAUACAUAGUUUUCAACCUGCACCAACUUUUCGUGUCUUUUUCGUAUAUUUCCAUAGAAUUCCAAGCAGCGUAAGAGAAACUUUCCAUUUUGCUUAUUUUUCUCUCAAGUCAGUCAAAAGUAUUUCAUCAACUAGGAAAGAAACCGUAUGUAAGCGUUAAGUGGAUAAAUUUUAUAGUUUAAGGAAUGAACAUCAAAACAGAUGAAACAUAAGAAUAGGCCUUCCUGAACAUAAAAAAAUACACACAUCAUCAAAGCUCUGGUACACAGAAAAAAAAAACAGAUAUCACACUCUCUCAGACAGGGGUAUGAGACUACGUUUCAAAUUGCUUGGUGGUGUGUACGUGCGAGUUUUAAAACUUUAAAAUCGUAAAUAUAUAGAGAAAAAAAAACAUUUUACCGCCGAUUAGUCUUGAGAAGAUUUUUCUGUAAAUAAACAUUCCAUUAAGUGAGAAAAAAUAGAAAAAAACCUUUCAUCAGAACAUUUCAAAACCAGAUUGUCGUAUGAAUUGCCAAAAACCUCAAACCAGAAGAAACAAAAAAAAAAUGCUAGUAAAAUAUGACACGCAUAUUACCAAUUGCUUGUAAACAUUGUUGCACAGCACUUGCACCCGUAAGCGCAUCCAUUACUCGUAAGAACCAUGUGAAUCGGAUUGAUUUUCAUCGAUUUUUGUUGUGGGACCAUACAGAACGAAAAUAAUAAACUGAUUACGAAAAACAUACAAACGGAAGAUGAUAAAUCUGUUGCCAGCUAUUUGUACAUGUCCACGAUAGCAGCCGCUGCUGUGGAAAACAACAAUCAAACAGCAGUUGUUAAUUGAGGUAUAAUUAAUGCUUGUAUAUCAUAAAAGUAAAAACAACAACGAUGUCAACACAGCAAAUGAAAAACAUGCGGGACAAUUUUCCGCGUUCGUCCCCGGGUUAAAACGAGGGACGAAUCGAUACUCCUCGCGGCUUGUUGUUGAAGUGGUAUCUGAUUUUUUUAAUCACCUGUACUACGCAAAUAAAAAAAGGUUAUUCCAUUCUCUACUACCCCCACUUCAACUUCAUAUCAGAGAAAAAAAAAUGCCGCAACAUACUUCAAACUGAAAAAUAAUGAAGUAACAAAAGUCGAAGAUAAAUCAUUUUAUCCUUUUUUAUAACAACAACAAAACCUGAUCCAAAGACAUGAACAAACGUACAUAUUCGAAACUGACCGAAACAAACGAAUGAAUUCAUUAAAAAUGAUCUCCUUCGUAAGAUAAAUCCAUUCAAGUGACGGCGACAGAAACAAAUUGAUUUUCUGUUUUGCAACAUUUCAUGACUCCGCAGCAACAGCAAAAAAUCACAGUAAUAAAUACCGAGCAUUAAAAACAGAAAAUUUUUCACCAACUCCAGAGAAUCCAAAAAGGGAAAAAAAAACAUACAAACAAAUUGACGAUUCGGUCAUAAAGUGAAUUCAAUUCGCACAAUGGCACACUCAUUGCCAGCACUGGAGCGGAACUGCUAUCACAGGCAUACAUAAACACACGUACACCGGGCAUUGUACCAAUGCAAUCUAUUAGGACCGCGAACGAAGGCAAAACAGAAAGGUGUGCACAUCCGGAAAUGGUUUUUUUGUUUGUUUGUUAAUUAAAUUUUGCUUUCACUCGUAUAACAGCCGCCUACAUACACACCUACAUAGAAGCGAAUAUCAUGCGUGUACAUAUACGAGAAGUAAAGCAAAAUACAUAUUCCUUACCGCACAAAAAAAAAAAACAAACGGCGGAAGCGAUAACUUAGCAUUUAUUGGAGAUGGUAGGAAAGCGCAUCCACUAUUAUUUAAAAGUUACCAACUAAGAAUGUAUGAACCACAGGCUUAGGGAUAAGCGUGUGUAAAACAAAAUGGAAACGUGUAGGAUCAACCGUAGCAAAGCCAGCAGCAAGCAGUCUAGGAUACGGCAGGACGGGAUGCGAUGAUAACGAUGAGAAGGAGGGAAUAGAAGAAUAGAAAAACACAUCGGAACAAAACAAAACACUAGUAUUAGAAAUAAACAAUGCUAUCUUAAACUUAUGUGAGAAAAAAUGAAAAAAAAAAUAUGAAUAAAGCAGAGCGAACAGAUACUAUUGUAAAUUAUAUAUAAAUGAUGAAAUGAUUAAUAAAAAAGAAAUACAAUCCAAAAAA